CUGAGCCCAACAGUAGCGAUAGACAGAGACAUUUAGACAGUUAGUGGCGAGAGAGAGAGAGAGAGAGAGACAGAGAGAGAGACAGAGAGAGGGAGAGAGAGAUAUAGAGAGAGUGCGAUGAAGAGAGAGAGAGGGAAAGAGGGAGAGAGAGAUUAAGAGAGAGGGAGAUAAUAGAGUUUAUCUUUGCCACUUGCUUUGGCAAUGUAAACAUAUGUUUCCCAUGCCAAUAAAGCCCAUUGAAUUGAAUUGAAUUGAAAGAGGGAGAUAGAGAGAGCAAGAGAGAGAAAGAGGCGGAGAGAGCGUGAGAGAGAAGUCGGAGAGGGAGACAGAGGCAAAGAGAGAGUGAGAGAGAAAGAAAGAAAUAUCGAGAGAGGAAGAAAGAGCAGGGAGAUAGCGAGAGAAAGAGAAGGGAGAGAGAAAGAGAAGGGAGAGUGCGAGAGCGAGUGAGACGCUGACACAGAGAGACGCACCCUCUAAAAGAGGCAGAGUCAACAGCUACAGCAACAGAGCUCCCUUUCUCUCUCACACACAGACAGAGAACCAGACCCAUUCCAGGGGAGACGGUGAGCACACACCCCCACUGAGAAGCACCGUCUCUUGGGAGGAGAUCCCACACCCCACCCCUCCUCCGUCUGUGUGUUUUUGCAAAAGAACUGGAAGAGAGACGUAGAAGAGAGUGAAGGAAGGAGGGAUGAGUGGCUUGUUUCGCACAGCUGCUGAUGCUAGAGGCUGAGAACGAGGGACGCUGACGAAGAGAAAGAGAACAAGGGAUCUGAAGACCAGAGGAUUGGAGGAGAGGAAGACUGGCACGUGUAGAGCUUCUCAAACAUAUGGACAGAGACAAGAGAGGGACACGGUGUCGGGGAACACACACACACACACACACACACACACACAUCACACGCACAAACAUCACAUCACACACACAUCACAUCACACACACACACAGGCACCGAUGAGGAGGGAACAGGGACCAAGCUUCAGUCCUGGGUGUGUGGUAAACUGACCUGGCCUGUGAUAGGCUAGGAGUCAGCACUGACCCAGCCUGUGAUAGGCUAGGAGUCAGAUCAGGACCACCAGGGCCAUGACUGGCUCCCCGGGCAUCAGUGGGCAGUCCCUGUCGCCAUGGCGGUGGCUGAGUCUCUGGGGGCCGGUCCUGCUGCUAGUUACCAUGACAACCCUACUGCCAGGUCGUUGCCAGGCAUGCCCUCCACGGUGCGAGUGCUCGGCCCAAAUCCGGUCCGUCUUGUGCCAGCGACGGCGGCUCACCGGCAUCCCAGAGGGCAUCCCCACGGAAACUCGCCUCCUGGACCUCAGCCGGAACCGUCUCCGCUGGGUGGAGAUGGGUGACCUGGCGCCGUAUCCGCACCUUGAAGAAGUGGACCUGAGUGAGAACCUCAUUGCCACACUGGAGCCCAACGCGUUCGCCAACCUGCAGAGCCUCCGGGUGUUACGGCUGAGGGCGAACCAGCUGAAGCUUGUACCCAUGGGGGCCUUCGCCAAGCUGGGCAACCUGACCACGCUGGACCUGAGUGAGAACAAGCUGGUGAUUCUGUUGGACUACACCUUCCAGGACCUGAGGAGUCUAAGACACCUGGAGGUGGGAGACAAUGACCUGGUCUACAUCUCUCAUGAGGCCUUCUCUGGCCUGUUAGGGGUGGAGGAUCUGACCAUUGAACGCUGUAACCUGACUUCCAUAUCUGGCCAGACGCUGUCUUACCUACGCAGCCUGGUCACUUUGCGACUACGCCAGCUCAGCAUCCCCGCCCUGGAGGACCAGAACUUCCGUAAGCUGGCCAACCUGCGGGUACUGGAGAUUGACAACUGGCCCUACCUGGAAUACAUCUCCCCCCUGAGCUUCCAGGGUCUGGACCUGUACUGGCUGUCCAUCACCAACAGCAAUAUCACCUCCGUCCCCUCGUCCUCCUUCCGAAACCUGAUCCACCUCACCCAUCUCAACCUCUCCUACAACCCCAUCACUACCCUGGAGCCUUGGGCCUUCAGGGACCUGCUGAGGCUCAAAGAGCUGAUCAUGGUGAACACGGGCCUGGCUACGGUGGAGCCCCACUCCCUGGGAGGCCUCAGACAGAUCCGGGUCCUCAACUUCUCCUCCAAUGACCUCCAGACCCUGGAGGAGGGAUCGUUCCACUCUGUCAACAGCCUGGAGACGCUGCGGGUGGAUGGGAACCCGCUGCUGUGUGACUGUCGUUUGUUGUGGAUCCUGCAGAGACGCAAGACCCUCAACUUUGACGGCAGGGUGCCUGUGUGCGCUGGGCCGGUGGAGGUGCAGGGGAACAGCCUCAGCACCUUCACCGACUCAGCGCUCUUUGAUCACUUCACCUGCCAGAAGCCCAAGAUACGCAACCGCAAGCUUCAACAAGUGACGGCUCGUGAGGGCCAGCCAGUGAGUUUCCUCUGCAGUGCCGUGGGAGAGCCCGCCCCCAACAUCAUGUGGAUCUCUCCUCAGCGCCGACUAAUCACAGCCAAGAGCAAUGGCCGCAUCACCGUCCUCCCAGGAGGGACGUUAGAGAUCCGCUAUGCCCAGGUCACCGACAGCGGCACCUACAUGUGCAUCGCCAGCAAUGCCGGGGGAAAUGACACUUACUUUGCGAUGCUCACGGUCCGGGGCGCGCCGCUGGAUGCCUCGUCGGCCUUCUUCGCCAACCGCUCGAUGUACGGCGGCGACUUCUUCAACGACACAAACCUGAAUAGCACUCGCGUCUUCCUCAAGUUCACCCUGGACCUGACCACCAUACUGGUCUCCACAGCGAUGGGCUGCAUCACCUUCCUGGGCGUGGUGCUCUUCUGUUUCCUGUUGUUGUUUGCAUGGAGCCGGGGGCGGGGUCAGCGUAAGAACAACUUCACCGUCGAGACCCCUUUCCGGAAGGCCGAGGGGCCGGCAGCGGUGGGUGGCGCCGGAGGGGCCCGGAAAUUCAACAUGAAGAUGAUAUGAUACAACGCAGCCAGGGGUCACUCGGGAGAGGCAUAAGCACGUCCUGGAAACGUGUUUGACAAGACACACAUAAUGCUGAAUCGCAGAGUAAAUAAAUAAAUAAUAAAUAAAAUGCAUACAGUAUUCACACAUGGCUGGUAUUCACCAGGACCAGAUUCGGUUUGAGUGGAAAAAAACAUGAUGCCCUUUGACCUCACGGCCUCCUACUGGUUUUACUCCUACUGGUGGUACAACGUUCUGUUUAUAUUUUCAGACAAAUAUAACAUUGUCAUUAACCAGGUUUCCAUCCAACCCGUUUAUGUGAGUAAAGUACAUGUCGGAUAAAAAAUGUCAUGCCAGGCCUGAUGGAAACAGAACAUUUGUUGGUUUCGAAAUUUCCAAAUGUAGACAAAACUAAAUGCGCUAGAUGAGGUGGGAUCUUUUGUGUCUGAGUCACGCGAUGACAUGUUGUGUGGUCCUCCCAGUACUACUCGUCAGGAAAGAACGCAGUUUAUUAGGCUACAGAUGAAAUAAAUUAUAAAUGAUGAUGAACUUCACAGGGUGGUGAAAGUGCACGGUGAUGAACUUCACAGGGUGGUGAAAGUGCACGGUGAUGAACUUCACAGGGUGGUGAAAGUGCACGGUGAUGAACUUCACAGGGUGGUGAAAGUGCACGGUGAUGAACUUCACAGGGUGGUGAAAGUGCACGGUGAUGAACUUCACAGGGUGGUGAAAGUGCACGGUGAUGAACUUCACAGGGUGGUGAAAGUGCACGGUGAUGAACUUCACAGGGUGGUGAAAGUGCACGGUGAUGAGCUUGAUGCUCUUUUCCAUUAAAUAUUGAGGGUCUUAUUCUGGUGACAUGAUGAUCGAUGCUUGGCUGCUGUUUGACAAAUAAAAAUAAUCUCACUCUUUCGUCCAUAAUAAUCUCAUCAUGUAGGCUAUACCCACAUUGUAUCUGCGAGCUGUUGGCUAGAGUGCAAGUACUAAUACACGCUAUUUAACGCAUAUUUUUGGGGAUGAGAAAACCGUCAUUAGAGUUAAAAAUGCGAUGGAAAACAUGGGAAUUUAACUGCAAAAGUCGUUUUUAUGUGCACUACGUCAUCACACAGCCUUUUAUCCUCAACAAGUCCAUCUGAUGGAAACACAUCUCUGGUGAGAAAAUGUACAUAUUGUUUUUUUGCAGAUUUUAGAAUAUUCGCUUGAAAAUCUGUCGCUAAUUGGAUGGAAACCUAGCUAGUGAGCUUGAUAAGGGUUCAACCAGAUCACUAAAGUGGUAUUCUGGAGAAAACUAUAUAACAUUACCAUUUAGCUUGAUAAGAAUGAUAGAAGUUAAGAAUUUAGUGUGAUCUCUUAUUGGGUGAUUACUGUGCUGUGGAAUGAUCAUAGUUAUGCCUCUCUCACAGAAAGUGAAAAGGACUUUCUGGAAGCUAUGCACUUGUAGUGGUCAUUGCACACAGGGCAUAGUUCUGACUAGAGGGAGUACAGCCAUGACCAGAAGUUAGGGUUAGAUUAAACGCUCUCCUAAUCUGCUAUAAAAAGUCAUUUCUGGUUGUAGCUGUAGUCCCUUUCAUCAUAGCCCAUGGAGAGACAUGGCUAUCAACUAAUCACAGCAUUUGUAGUCUUGCUUCCUUAAAUUCUGCCUUUCUCAGAAAUAUUGCAAUAGCAUGUAAGUAUUGCAAUUUAGAGUACGUUGUAUAGUAAUAAGAUUACAAUAUUGAAUAAAAACAAGCCGUCUUUGUAAGACAUUUGGGAUAUGAUUUCAAUUGUCACAUUUAUAAGACACCAUCAAGGCCCCUCCCGAUAAACGCAUGACACCUAUUUCAAUCAUUUGACCUAAUAACCUUUAUGGGGGAAAAAAUAUCAGAAGACACUUUGGCCGAUCUGUUUUUGAAUACCACAUCAUAUACACAUCAAAAUAAAAUGUAUUCUGAAAAUUUAAAUUGGGCCCACUUCACUUUCAGAAGUGACCGUUUGCGACGAGGUUGGCUGUGUGAGUUGGACCAAGUGCACUGGCCGACGGUUGCCAUGACGGCCUGAUGCCCCAAGGGUUUGCUUGGAAAGCCAAGCCCAGCGGGCAUGGGGCCACACGGUAACCAUGACAACCAACACCGCCCAGUGCAGGGGGAGAUGUGGGGACUGUGGGACGAGUGGAGAGGGAGUAUGUCCAUGUCUCCUCUUUCCAACCUUCCACUAAUAGUACUACCCUACCACUGCCAGUAGGGAGGGACGUGGGAAGAGAAAGGUGGAUGGGAGGAGCCUAAGCAUCACUUCUCUAACCUCACUCUUACACUGCUCUCUCCUACUGCCCUGGGCUGUGAUGGGAAAAGAACUGACCUCCACAGAGCUGCCAGGGGGAGCAGCCUGGAAGUCAGAACACACUGAGAGUCAUGUACUGUACAGAACAGACUCACCUUCACAAAGGUUCCCACUGAGAGUCAUAUACUGUACUGUACAGAACAGACUCACCUUCACAAAGGUUCCCACUGAGAGUCAUAUACUGUACUGUACAGAGCAGACUCACCUUCACAAAGGUUCCCACUGAGAGUCAUAUACUGUACUGUACAGAGCAGACUCACCUUCACAAAGGUUCCCACUGAGAGUCAUAUACUGUACUGUACAGAGCAGACUCACCUUCACAAAGGUUCACACUGAGAGUCAUAUACUGUACUGUACAGAGCAGACUCACCUUCACAAAGGUUCACACUGAGAGUCAUAUACUGUACUGUACAGAGCAGACUCACCUUCACAAAGGUUCCCACUGAGAGUCAUAUACUGUACUGUACAGAGCAGACUCACCUUCACAAAGGUUCACACUGAGAGUCAUAUACUGUACUGUACAGAGCAGACUCACCUUCACAAAGGUUCACACUGAGAGUCAUAUACUGUACUGUACAGAACAGACUCACCUUCACAAAGGCUCACACUCAUUUACACAUGCAUAGGACCUUUUCUCAGGUGAACACAAAGUCAUAUACAUGGCAAGCGCAAACACACACACACAGACACCUAUUCUGACGCACACACAUCGUUGACAUUACAACAUUCCAGCAACACUGCAUGUAGAAACACAAAUCCUGUAUGAAGCAACUAAUGUACAGUUUUCAUUACAAAGCCAUAGCGUUAAAUUAGAUUAGUGCUGUUAGUUUUCAUAUCCUACAAUGGAUGAUACAUCCACUUGUAUAAUGAUUAUUGUCAUUACCGUUACCGUCUUGUGAGCUAUCAGAGUGAUCAUAAGACCAUCUGCUGUAGUUUGGCUGGCAGAGUGGCACAGUCAGUCAGAUAGAUAGUGAGACGUCACACUAUUACCACUCACAACACUACAGAUCUAUAAUAACUAGAACAGCACAUCACACUAUAACCACUCACAACACUACAGAUCUAUAAUAACUAGAACAGCACAUCACACUAUUACCACUCACAACACUACAGAUCUAUAAUAACUAGAACAGCACAUCACACUAUAACCACUCACAACACUACAGAUCUAUAAUAACUAGAACAGCACGUCACACUAUUACCACUCACAACACUACAGAUCUAUAAUAACUAGAACAGCACAUCACACUAUUACCACUCACAACACUACAGAUCUAUAAUAACUAGAACUGCACAUCACACUAUUACCACUCACAACACUACAGAUCUAUAAUAACUAGAACAGCACAUCACACUAUAACCACUCACAACACUACAGAUCUAUAAUAACUAGAACAGCACAUCACACUAUAACCACUCACAACACUACAGAUCUAUAAUAACUAGAACUGCAUCCACAAACAACCACUCUUCUCUUUCUCUGAGACGGCCAGUGCGCAAAUGUCUGUGCCCCCCUAGCCCAGUGCGUCCCCCGUCCCCACUGGGUCCUCCUAUGGGAGGGGUCCCUGGCUGGAGACCGAUAACUAAAAAUGUAAAUGAAGUCGUGUGAACUCUGCCCACGCCAUGAGCAUCGUAUAGAGGAGAGUACGGUGGUAUUUAUUAUGACGUGUUCUGUUCUCAUUCGUUUAGUAGCCUCCUUUUUGCGUUACCUCAGUUGAUGCUCUCCGUAAACCAUUUACCAUUAACCGUUUCAACUCUGUGGCAUCCAACAGCGAGAUUAGUCCUGUUCUCAAUACCUAGAGGAGCUUCCAUUCAUUCCACCUUAAAGGCUUGUGUGUGUGUGUGUGUGUGUGUGUGUGUGUGUGUGUGUGUGUGUGUGUGUGUGUGUGUGUGUGUGUGUGUGUGUGUGUGUGUGUGUGUGUGUGUGUGUGUGUGUGUGUGUGUGUGUGUGUGUGUGUGUGUGUGUGUGUGUGUGUGUGUGUGUGUGUGUGUGUGUGGAGGGUUAACUAUUUGCCAUGAUGUAGAUGUUUAGGAAAUUAGAAGGAUCUUUGUGUAGGACACAAGUUCACAAUGCUUUCAAAUCAGAUUAAUUCUGAAGGCUCUGAAAUCAUCCUCCAGUACAUCUGUAGAACAAGCCAACCAAAGGACUGUGUGAUGAUAAAUAGUUCUGUAUUUAUUAAAGUUUAAUGAAGCUGAAUGGAAAUAGAUUAGGAAAUUGGCCUGGUUUUCUCUCUGCCAGAAGAGACGUGUGAGAAUUCAUCUUUGCUCCCAUUGCUCCGGUCUUGAGAACAAAAGUAAUAACUCACUGGAUGUUUCCCAUUCCAUUCUCGUAGUUUUCCAAUAUUCCCCUUUUGGGGAACGUCUGUUGUGGUUGUUGAUGGUGUGAUGGUGUAAACGUCAAUCACAGAUGUAGGGAUUAGAUAAAGGUAUUUAAUUGUGUUAUCUUUCCCUCCUUCUUCUUCUUCAUCAGUUCAUUCCCAGACCUCGUUGUCCCCAUUCACAGUAACUAGGCUGCAGUGUGGUUGUGUGGUAGUUGACACCUGUUCUAUGUGGUUCGGUGAUUCGAUGUUGUCGUGUUUUGAGUUGUUGCUCUGAGUAAUAAUAUCAACCAUGGUGCAGGGACUUGUGCAACUGAAAUAAUGGUAAGGGGUGACCCAGGUUCUCUGAAACGUUGGUUCCUCUCUGGGAACCCUCCUACCCCAGCUUCUAGAUUAGAACCUUCCAUUCUAACUGCGCACUGCAUUCUGGGAUAUAUAUCUGGUAACAGAAACCUCUAGACUGUAUGUAACGUCACUACCAAUAUUCUGUCUGAGUCACUAACCCACAAGAGUAAAGAUGGGAAAUAGUGUUCAAACAGUCCAGAAAUCUGGUCUGAACUGAAAUCAUUCUGAUCCUAGACCAAAGCACAUCUCUAGCUAGCCUCCUGUUCAUUGAGUAUUGUUGAGGGGGAAUUGUAUUUUUCUCACCCUGGGAGGUAUUGCUAUGCUGUCCAGGUUUGAAGAUAAGCAUUUGCAUACAUAUGAAAUCCAUUCGACCUUCAGGGGUCCUUGACUGUACGAGGAAGUAGAGUUGUAGUGUACUUCAUUUGGUGCACUUCAAAUAGAGAACCCUUUGAACUUAUCUCAACCUGCUCUAUCUCCAUCCCUCUACCUCCCCACCUGAACUAGAGCACUCGUUUCCUAGGUUACCACUUCAUUUAACCCUUUGCAGAGCAUGCUGCACAUUCUAAUUAUUUCUAAUGGAUGACGUUCAAAGGAAGGACUGCCCAUUAUUUUCCCUAUUCAACUGAAUAGAACACUGAGAAUUCAGUGUUCUAGGUGGGCUGUCCUCGUUGCCUUUUAUGUUUCUGGGGGAGACUAGAAUGGGAGACAUCAGAGUGACUGAGCGAGUGUCUCGUCUCGAGAAAGUCUUGAGAAACUAGGCUGAGCGCUCCCCUGCCUCCCUCCCCCAGUUUGUCCUUGCCCUGCAGAGUGUGUGCAUGCAUGUUUAUGUGUGCAUGAGAGACAGAGAGGCGAGACGUCCCAUUUUCAGCAGCCCCUGUUGUAGGGUAUACCCCCAAUGGGAAACCCCUCUAAGCUUGGCCCAGAGAAUACACUGAUGAUAAUGAAACUAAAACCAGACUCAGAUAAAAGGGGGAUCAUUAGCAGCUACAACGUUUUAAUAAUUUAAUCUUUUUGAAGUGCGUGUCUCUAUUUUACACCAAGGUUAGGGAAAGCAGCGGGUUUCUGCCCUUGAUUUCGGUGGCAUUCAUUUCCCCCCAGCCCAUUAUUAAAACAUCAAAGGAAUUGGAUUUGCAGUGUGUCCUUAUUUGGGCCAACAUAAACUAGGAUAGUAGUGUAUUUUAACCACUCACCUCACACAAUUUUAAAGUUACCAUUGCCCUUAGCUUCAAUCAUCCUGUCGACUGCAUUUUCAAAGGAUUCGUUAGACUCCUGUCAUUCCAGAUAUCAUUGAACUAACUGGGCUAGCUGAGGAUGACAUAUGAUAGAGUGAAACAGAUAGAAGGAGAGAAGCAGAACUGGUUGGGUUAACAUUUGGGCUUCACAGGUUAAUUCCUCUGACCCUUUUCUUUACAUUAUAGAGAGCCAUGUUCUCCAGAGACUCAAUUAUUUGUCACGGUCUCUAUUUCCUUACCAGGACACAGGGUUCAAACUAUCUACUCCCUGAAGAAAUAAAGACCCUCUCUUUUUAAGGAACCCACAAGAGUCAGUAUGUAAUCGGAACUCUGAUAUUUAACCCUGAAGGUUACAGCAACUUUGAGAUUCCUUCUGUAUUGAAAAGCGCUGUAUAAAAUGUAUCUAUUAUUACUAUGAUCAUUAUUUCCAUCAAUAAAGGCUGGCGGGUCUUGACCAGAACACUGCUGUGGACAGUAACCCCACUUUCAGUAUGGUCAUACUGACCCCUGGUGGUGAAAUGGGGCAUAGCAGAUUACAUGUGUUGACCAUAUUCACAAACUACCGUUAUUGAUGGGAGCAAUUCUGCCUGCACUGGAUCUCAGAUGAUUACCCAUGACCAAACACUAUCAUGGAAAUCCAAUUGACGGUUAGCUUGGCAAGUCAGUAUUUUACUGGUUUGAUAUCUGACUGAUAAAACAUUCAUUCAAUUUAGCGUUGGUUAUUUGCCAUCAUAACUGUGAUUCUAAGCCUGUAGACCUGAGAGAGAUGUAUAGAUGAAACACAGAUGCUGCGUUGGCUCCAUUGACUGUAGCUCAGACUGUCUGUUAGUGUUUAAAAAGUUCAACACUUUUCUGACCCCCUCGGCUUCCAAUAGUAAUGAUAGCAAACAUGAAUAACCAUUUCAAUAUGUAACACUGUAUUACGCUUCUGUAAGUCUGAUGAUUCCUCUGAAGAGAUGGAUCAUUUCUUUUUCAAGCAAAACUUUUUUUUUUUGGUGAGUUUAGCAGGUUUGAUCUAUGCAUGCCUAUAAUAUACCUGGUCUUGCCAACCACUGAAUUGCAUUGGUAGGGAGAGAAAUGUGUGCCAUAGAUGCUAGCCAUAGGACUGGGUGUAACCAACUGCCAUAAAAACCAGACUCCUGUCCUCAGCAGCCGAUACUCCCCUGUAGCUGAAUAUGGAGAGACUUUUUCUUCUAAUGAUUUCGAUCUCAUAGUACAUCUGAGCAUGUAUACUUUGUGUAUCUUGAAAGGUUUUAUAUUUUGUAAAUCAAGGACUAAAGGAAUCUUUUGUUUUUGCGGGACCAUUGUGGUGUUUCAACUUUCCAUUCACCCCUUUUAACUUUGUCUACUUUUCAUGACUCACAAAUCAAUGCUCUGUAAAUAUAGGAUUCAUAACUCAUGACCCCCAGAAAAUAUCAGGCGUGAGAGGAAGGAUAUGGCACUCCCAGACCUGGCCGUCCCUCCUUCCUAGGUUUCUAAUCUCCAGUAUAAUGAAAAAAGUGAAUAUGGUGUCAUUUUAAUUCAAACGAGACGGUGCCAGGAACAUACUGUCCCUCUACCAGGUCUGAGCUGACCAAGCCUCUCCCACUCAUAACAAAGGUUAAAUAGGGAAUUAAUUCUCUCUGUACAACAACAGUCAAUCUCCCACCAUAGGACCACCAUAGAGAUUCCUGAGAUUCUUCCCUACUCUUUAUUCUUUUCAUUUGUGUAGAGACAACUCUCUGAGGUCCCACGGUGGACCUUCCCAAGCUGUCACUGGGCAACCUUAUCAAAGAACCACCAUUUCAGGUUGUUGUGUGGAGCACCUUGAGACCAUAUGAAAAACACACACAUUGUGGCUUCUCUGUUUCUCUCUAUUUGUUUGUUUCAUUGCAGUAAAGUCUUUAUUAAACCACUGUUGAAUGGUACAGUAAAUAGUAAAGCUUCGCUGCAUCCUGACAUUAUCACCUCGCUAUGAAAUUUGGAAUCUUUUUACUUUCUUCUGUGGUUUUAUUUGUUGCGUUGUUGUUCUAAAUAAUAGUGGAGAAACCUAGGAAUGGGUGCCGAACCAUGUCGCUCCACCAAAAGGCUCGCCCAGUGACACACACACAGUUACAGGGGAAAGGUUCUAAUCUCAAAAUCACAAUUCUAAUUCACUGGAGUCUCAAAUUCAAAACGGUAUUCCACUUCCUACUAAAAAUAGUCCUUGAACCCUUGGCUUUGGAGGACAGAACUGUACAUAUUCAAUAGUAGCCAUAUUACGUGAUCUUAUCUCUAGACCUCUUCUGCCAUGUCUGACAGAGGAAAAUGACUGUUGAAUAUGUGUAAAUACUGUAGGUAUGGUUGUGUAGGAGAUAGGAAGUCUUUGUAAUAUUCUAGUGUUCCUUCUCCAAGGGUCCAAUCCAUUUCAACCAGUCGCAUAGCAACUUGGUGAUGACUUGUAGGAGAGGUAUAAUAUACAGUAUAUACAGUGCUAUCGGAAAGUAUUCAGACCCCUUCCCUUUUUCCACAUUUUGUUACGUUACAGCCUUAUUCUAAAAAUGAUUAAACCUUUGUUUCUCCCUUAUCGGUCUACACACAAUACCCCACAACAAAAAUUCAAAAACAGGUUUUAAGACAUUUUAGCAAAUAAAUAAAAAUAAAAAACGGAAAUAUAAAAUGUACAUAAGUAUUCAGACCCUUUACUCAGUACUUUAUUGAAGCACCUUUGGCAACGAUUACAGCCUCUAGACUUAUUGGGUAUGAUGCUACAUGCUUGGCACACCUGUAUUUGGGGAAUUUCUCCCAUUCUUCUCUGCAGAGCCUCUCAAGCUCUGUCAGGUUGGAUGGGAAGCGUCGCUGUACAGCUAUUUUCAGGUCUCUCCAGAGAAAUUUGAUUGGGUUCAAGUCUGGGCUCUGGCUGGGCCACUCAAGGACAUUCAUAGACUUGUCCCAAAGGCACUCCUGCGUUGUCUUGGCUGUGUGCUUAGGGUCAUUGUCCUGUUGGAAGGUGAACCUUCGCCCCAGUCUGAGGUCUUCAGCGCUCUGGAACAGGUUUUCAUCAAGGAUCUCUCUCUAUUUUGCUCCAUUAAUCUUUCCCUCAAUCCUGACUAGACUCCCAGUCCCUGCCGCUGAAAAACAUCCCCAUAGCAUGAGGCUGCCACCACCAUGCUUCGCCGUGAGGAUGGUGCCAGGUUUCCUCCAGACGUGACGCUUGGCAUUCAGGCCAAAGAGUUCAAUCUUGGUUUCAUCAGACUAGAGAAUCUUGUUUCUCAUGGUCUGACAGUCCUUUAGGUGCCUUUUGGCAAACUCCAAGGGGGCUGUCAUGUGCCUUUUACUGGGGAGUGGCUUCCGUCUGGCCUCUCCACCAUAAAGGCCUGGUUGGUGGAGGGCUGCAGAGAUGGUUGUCCUUCUGGAAGGUUCUCCCAUCACCAGAGAGGAACUCUGGAGCUCUGUCAGAGUGACCAUCAGGUUCUUGUUCACCUCCCUGACCAAGGCCCUUCUCCCCUGAUUACUCAGUUUGGCCGGGCGACCAGCUCUAGCAAGAGUCUUAGGGGUUCCAAACUUCUUCCAUUUAAGAAUGUCGGCGGCCACUGUGUUCUUGGGGACCUGCAACUCUGCAGACAUUUUUUGGUACACUACCCAGAUCUGUGACUCGACACAAUCCUGUCUCGGAGCUCUGAGGACAAUUCCUUGUCCUCAUGACUUGGUUUUUGCUCUGAAAUGCACUGUCAACUGUGGAAGCUUAUAUAACCAGUGUGUGCCAUUCCAAAUCAUGUCCAAUCAAUUGAAUUUACCACAGGUGGACUCCAAUCAAGUUGUAGAAACAUAUCAAGGAUGAUCAAUGGAAACAAGAUGCACCUGACCUCAAUUUCGAGUCUCAUAGCAAAGGCUCUUAAUACUUAUGUAAAUAAGGUAUUUCUGUUUUUUGUAUUUUGUAUUUGUAUUAAAUUUGCAAACAUUUCAAAAAAUCUGUUUUCUCUUUUUCAUUAUGGGGUACUGUUUGUAAAUUGAUGAGGGAAAAAAACAUUUGAUCCAUUUCAGAAUAAGACUGUAAUGUAACUAAAUGUGGAAAAAGCCAAGGGGUCUGAAUACUUUCCGAAUGAACUGUAUAUCUGUCUCUCAAGUAUCUGGGGUCUUUUUUAUUUGUAUAAGUGUUUUAUACUGUCUGUCUUGUGAAAGAGGAACUCUUUUUGUCAUAAAAGCAUGUUGUUACACUGUUA